CUGAAAGAUGGAGAACUGAGGAUGGCGAAAGCGAAGGGACUCAGUCGUGCAGAGGUUCCUGGUGGUGGGGGCCCCCAGGCAGCGGCUUAUCUUAUCGGAGCGCGCAAGCUCCGGUACGUCCACCGUCCAGGUACGUACUGCGCGGCUCCUGGAAAUCAGGUCGCAGCGCCCAUCCAUAGGCGGCGGCCAUGAUCAACAUUCAGUCCCAUCGGGUAUUUCAACAUCGCAACCAGGCUACACAAACUCAAUCGCUAUCGAGCGAUCUUCUUUAGCACCGCAUACCAGUCACUCGUUUGAUUUCCAGAACUGUUCAGUCUGUACGCAAGCCUCAAGACGCCCCGACAACGAACCGUGUAAACAAAGUAUCCGACGACACCAAAAUCCCAAUUGCCAAACACCACACACCCAAUCCACGAACCCCUCUUCACCACGUGCUGGAUAGCUUUCCAAAUCGCGAGCGCAGGAUAGCCUACACACACCAUGGCUGACGCCGGCUACACCAAUGGACCGGACAACACGCCCCUGGCCGAGGUCAAGAAGCCCAAGAAGAAGAAGGUCCUGCUCAUGGGCAAGAGUGGCUCCGGAAAGUCGAGUAUGCGAAGCAUCAUCUUUAGCAACUACAUUGCCCGUGAUACGCGGAGACUCGGCGCAACAAUAGACAUCGACCUCUCCCACGUCAAAUUCCUCGGAAACCUCACCCUCAACCUUUGGGACUGCGGUGGCCAAGAGGCCUUUAUGGAAAACUACCUCUCCCAGCAGCGUGUCCACGUCUUCUCCAACGUUGGCGUCCUCAUCUACGUCUUCGACAUUGAAUCACGCGACAUUGACCGCGACCUCGCAACCUACGUCUCCAUCAUCUCCGCCCUCCUCCAAUUCUCCCCAGGAGCCAAAAUCUACGUCCUCAUCCACAAGAUGGACCUCGUCGUCCCCGCCCACCGCGAAUCAGUCUACGACGACCGCGUCCGCGUCGUCCGCCAACGCACCGCAGAGUACGCAAACAGUAUCGGCUACCUCCAUAACCAGCACCCGGACGCCGCCGACGACCCCACCAGCCCUUCGACCGCGCCCCCGGCCGGCGGCUUCGACAUCACCCCUUUUGCAACCAGCAUCUGGGAUCAGAGUCUCUACAAGGCCUGGGCGAGCAUCAUCCACGACCUCGUUCCCAACCUAGCCACCAUCGAACGCAACCUCGCCAACCUAGGCGUCGCCAUCGAGGCAGAGGAGCUCCUCCUCUUCGAACGCACCUCCUUCCUCGCCGUCUCCUCCUGGACAUCGGAAGAAGGCCAGCGGAACCCCACCGAGGACAGGUUGGAGCGCAUGUCCAACAUCAUGAAGCACUUCAAGCAGACCAUCAGUCGCUUCACCGGUACCCCGCGUAACGCAGAGCAGUUUGUGCGUAUGGAGCACAAGGCUGGCACGCGCUUCAACCUCUUCAUCCUCAAGUUCACGACCAAUACCUACCUCAUGGUUAUCCUGCCGCCCGGCGAAGCCAGGUUCAACGCCGCCAUGCUCAACUGCCAGAUUGCUAUUGAGCAUUUCAAAUUCUUAGACGGCCCAGCCACCAUGAUUUCGCAAGGCGGUGGUAGCACGGCAUGAGAGUAUUGCGACGAUAGACUGUAAAAAGAAAAAAAAAAGACGGACCUCGCAGAUCUUGUGUCGAGUUGAGUGAUACGUAUAGGCGACAGACGGUUUGCCGCAGCGGCGUAUGGCAAGGGAUGAUUAAUGAUACCAUUUCAAAAGGGCGUUGAAGGACUCAGGACUGUACAACAGACAUGUACAUGUACACAUAGUAUAAGGUGCUGCGGCAGCAAAAGAAAACUUGCCAACCUGAUG